AUGGGUCCUUUCGCCUGCGGCCUUACCGCCUUGAACCUCCUGGGUUGCAUAAGUCCAGCGUUCGUAGCGGCCGUUCCCAUGGAUUUAUAUUCAGGCUCUGAAGUAUUGAUUUCGGUGAAUGGUCUCGUCAAACACCAAGAGCUUGACGGCUUCGGCGCUUCACAAGCAUUCCAACGGGCCGAAGACAUUCUUGGAAAAGACGGUCUGUCCAAAGAAGGCACUCAGCGUGUACUAGACUUGCUGUUCAGCAAGGAUAUCGGUGCAGGCUUCUCCAUCCUGCGUAAUGGCAUUGGCUCAAGCAACAGCUCCGAGAAGAACUUUAUGAACUCAAUCGAGCCCUUCUCACCAGGCACACCCGGAGCGAAACCACACUACGUCUGGGACGGUUACGACAGCGGUCAACUAACAGUCGCUCGAGAAGCAUUCAAGAGAGGAUUGAAGUUCCUAUACGGCAAUGCUUGGUCCGCACCUGGCUACAUGAAGACGAACCAAGAUGAAAAUGAUGGAGGCUACUUGUGCGGUGUCACAGGUGCUACUUGUGCUUCUGGCGACUGGAAACAGGCCUACGCAGACUACCUGUUGCAGUGGGUUGACUUCUACCGCAAGUCAGGUGUCAAAGUCACCAACCUGGGGUUCCUUAACGAACCUCAGUUCGCCGCUCCCUACGCUGGCAUGCUUUCCAACGGCACACAGGCCGCUGACUUUAUACGCGUGCUGGGCAAGACGAUUCAAAAGCGAGGUAUUCACGAUCUCACAAUCACCUGUUGUGAUGGUGAGGGCUGGGAUCUGCAGGAGGACAUGAUGGCUGGUCUGACUGCUGGACCUGAUCCCGCGAUCAACUACCUUGGUGUCGUCAGCGGUCACGGAUACGUUUCGCCGCCAAACCAUUCACUUUCAACAACAAAGAAGACAUGGCUCACCGAGUGGGCUGACCUCACGGGUCAGUUCACUCCUUACACAUUCUAUAACAACAGCAGCCAGGGCGAAGGUAUGACAUGGGCUGGCCGUAUCCAGACAGCCCUUGUAGAUGCUAACGUCAGCGGAUUUCUUUACUGGAUCGGUGCUGAGAACUCGACCACCAACAGCGCUCUUAUCAACAUGAUCGGCGAUAAAGUCAUUCCGUCCAAGAGGUUCUGGGCUUUUGCGUCCUUUAGUCGGUUUGCUCGCCCUGGUGCUCGUCGCAUCGAAGCUACCAGCUCCGUUCCUCUGAUCACUGUUAGUGCCUUUCUCAACACCGACGGUACUGUCGCGACGCAGGUGCUUAACAAUGACACGGUUGCUCACCAUGUCCGACUCGUCGUCUCGGGCACAGGCCGAAGUCCUCACAGCUUGAAGCCAUUUCUGACGGAUAAUUCCAAUGAUUUGACUGCUUUGGAGCACUUGAAGGCUGCUGGAAAGGGUUCCUUUCAGACCACAAUUCCUCCUCGAUCUCUUGUGAGCUUCAUCACGGAUUCCUAA